AUACUGUAGAUCAGUAUAUUGAAAAUAAUAUUUUAUUAGAUAAUAAUGAAAUCGAGAAAAUUAUUACUAAGUUACCUUAUAAGAACAUAUAUGCAUCUGAGCCAGCUCAGACUAUAGCAAUAUAUAUACAAGUAGUUAAUGAUUCUAUUGUUACAGAAGAAAUACUUAAUGAUGAAAAAAUUAUUACCACAGUUCAAGGUGAGAAAAAUAAAAAAGAGCUAACUAAACAGGAAAUUGAAAAUAAAGAUGAGACAUCUGACCUACCUGUAAUAGCUGCUAAA